AUGAAUAUAAAUAGUUCAUAUAUAUAUUAUAUAAAUAUAAAUGGUCAUCUGCCUCCAACUUGUGAGUUAAAUGUCAGCCUCUGCUUUGCUUUAAAUUACUUUCAUGAGGGGGCGUGCCCGAUUAGCCACAAGGUGAGCAUGAUGCAGAGGAACUCCCUUUACAACUGAUUGUUGGAUUUUUGUUAAGGAUAACUUUUACAUUUACAGAAAACCUAUGUAACACAGAACAGAGGGAAGAAUAAUAGUGUAUUGUUUUCACAGGUUUGCAUGUCAUUGUGCUCCCUUAUUUGAAUUAGUCUACUAUCUACAAACUUACCUUCAAUUCCACCCUGAUGAAACAAAAAACAAAUAUUAUGCAGGAUCAUUCUUUAUUAUAAAGACCAUUAUAUUGGACAGUGGUUAAAUCUGACAGUUCUCUGUUUUCUAUAUCUUUGGUUACUGCAGACAGUCCCAAACAUGUGACAGUUCAAGCCAAUCCUGGUUUUGAUGUGAAGGAAAAUGUGUCGUUGACACUGAGAUGUUCUGCUGAGUCCAACCCACCAGUGAGCUCUGUCACCUGGAGGAAGACGACUGAUGGGAGAGAGGAAAUCAUCCAACAGACUCAGACUCAGACCUUCAGGGUGAAUUCAGCCAGUCCCUCUGACAGUGGACUGUACAGCUGUGAAGCCACCAAUGACAUUGGAAGUGGAAAGUCACAGCCAGCUGAGGUUAAAGUCAGAUUUUCUCCAAAACACACACACAUCACGGAGUCGGCAGAGAAGCAGGAGCCUGACGGGAGGAGCUCCGUGAUGCUGAGCUGCUUCAGUCACAGCGUUCCCCCAGUCCAACACUACUCAUGGUACAGGAAGAGUCAGGGAGAGGAACAGGAUGAACUUGUGUCAGAGCAUCAAAACCACACAGUGUACUCAAACCAGUCAGGAGUCUACUACUGCAUCGCACAAAAUGUAGUAGAUCAAAGUUUGUCUGAUCCCGUCCAUCUGUUUGAACGAAUCUCUCUGCACAUCCUGAAGUUCCUCGUUCCUGCUCUAUUUGUCCUGAUGAUCAUCAUUUUAAUCAUCGUAGGUUUAAGAUUCAGGAGGAAAAAAUCUAUUCAACAAGGAACAACAAACACAGAGUCCCCUUCUGGUUUUUUGGGUUGGUGUAAUGGUACCAGGAGGAGGAGUUUAACGAAUGAGAAUCUCUCUGUGGAGCCUUUCAGGAGCAGAGACGACCACUUGUCAGAGCAGUUGAGGCGUCCAGAGGACCAACGACACCAGCCUCUUCCAGACAGCACGCCUCCGACCGACAUCAACCUUGUUUACAGCCUUUUGAAUCUGCCCCAGGCUGCCUCUGCACAAAACCACACAAGACGGCAAGCUGGAAACACCAAGGAGGAUUCUGUCAACUACGCUCCUCUGAACUUUAAGAAUAAGCUAAAGAAGAAGCAAAGAAAGGUGGAAGAAGACUCCGUGUAUGCGAAGGUGUCCAAGCCAACACGAGUUAAAAAGAAUGAACCAGAGAGCCUGCAGGACUAUGAUGACGUUGGUAAUGCAACUGCAGGUGCACCAACAUCUCCAAAUCUAUUUGACGACCACACCAGUGAAGGUGAAGUGAAGCUGAACUUUCCACAGAAAGUGAAGGGUGUGAACCCUGAAGUGAGAAGCGGCUUCAGCCGGGAGGAGAACAGACAUCUCCCCUGUACGUCACCGACUCCGGUCUGGAGGUCGAGCAGGAGACGUUAACACUACGUUACCUUGUAUAUUUACCAGAAGAUGACCUGCAUGGAGCUGAUUAAGUUACUUCAG